AUGGAUUCUGUUGUAGAAGAUGAGAAGAAACACAAUCAGUAUCCUCAAGAAUCGAUCAGGAUCAAGAAGCGACCACCACGGUGCCAUGAUGAUGAUGAGGGCGGGUGUGUUCAGGAGAAAAAGAAGCAAGUGAUGGAGAAGAUGAUGGAUAAGGCAAGGUGCCCGUCUCCCCAUGCAACGCCAGAGCUCCAUGUCAUCCUCAGGAAUCAGAUCAGGGCUCUGGGGGGUUCUGAUGUCACUUUUGUAAUCCAGAGGCCUCUCUUCAAGACUGAUGUAAGUUCCGGUCACAACCGUUUGUCCAUACCGUUGAACCAGAUACAACAAAGUUUCCUCACACCUGAAGAGAGCGAGAAGUUGAACUCGGGAGGAAACGGAAAAAAAUGUGCAGAUAUGGAAGUGAUGUUGAUUGAGCCCUCCCUUCAUCGGGAAACCAUAAGUCUGAGGAAGUGGAACAUGAAGAAAGCUUCCGAAAAUUCUACCUCAAUGUAUGUGUUGGUGACUAAUUGGAACUUGGUUACGGAAAGGAAUAGCAUGAAGAAAGAUGAAACGAUACAACUCUGGUCUUUUCGAAUCAAGUCCAAGUUGGGUUUCGCUCUUGUAAAGAGAAGACUACAAGAUGAUCCUAGGAAUCGUUCAUUAAGGGGCAUCCUGGAUAGCUGA